UGAAAACGUAUGACACUGUGCCCACGUCUUACGUCAACUCAAAAUCGAAGAGGAUUUCUCCAGGCGUACACUCCUUAUUUUCUGUAUCCCAACUAGCAUUUUUGUAUAUACGCUUACUCAAAAAUGUUGUAUUUAAGACAACAGUUUCUCGCCACCGCCAAUGACAAUUCUUAAGGGUUAUUAUGCGUGGGGAUAAAAACAAGCGUUUCUGCCAACUAAGCUAACGUAACUGCAGCCGUUAGCAGAACUAUUCCUACUCUUCUGUCGAGCUAGCUGUGGAUUAGCACUUUAGCCUAGCUCGCUAACCAGGCACAUCUGAGAAAGCUAGCGGCUAUAUGAAACUUUGUGUCGGCCUAUCAUAAAAUCCCAGGGCACAGAUGACGUGAAGUAACACAGCUCCUCCGUCGUGAGCCAUUACCUGCUACGGCUGACGCACAGUGACCAUUGAGACAUCUUAAAAAAAACAAAAAAACAAAAAGAAAAGAAAAAUCCCAGACAGCAUUCGUGUCUGCAGCUCCUCCAGCACCUGAACCAUGUGAGGGGGCCCCCUCGGUCCGACCUGAGGGGAACCCUGGACUGUUGAAACGACGACCCUCUGACCCCCGCUGUGCGGGGAAGGGCUCAUCCCGUCUCAAACUUAACACCCCCUCCCCUCAGAUCCCCGCCCGCACUUUCCCACUCUCCCCGCGCCAUGAUGUUCCGGGAUCAGGUAGGUAUCCUCACAGAUUGGUUCAAAGGCUGGAAUGAGUGCGAACAGACGGUGGCGCUCUUGUCGCUCCUGAAGAGGGUGUCCCGCACGCAGGCUCGCUUUCUCCACAUCUGCCUGGAACACUGGCUGGCAGACUGCACUGAGAUCCACAUCCUUGAAGCUGAGGCCAACAGUGCAGCAACCGUCAGUCAGUGGCAUCAGGAGCCGAAAGAAAAGGUGGUGUCCCUGCUGCUGUCCCACUUGCCUCUGCUUCAACCACGUAAUUGUGAGGCCAAAUGUGAAUACAUGAAGCUGCUGCAGAAAGUGUUGACUCACACCAUUGAGAGUAGCUUAUUCGUGGAGGAAAGCCGGCAGCUGCUCUCCUAUGCACUCAUUCACCCCGCCACCACCCUGGAUGAUCGCACCUCGCUCGCCUCGUGGCUAAACCACCUGGAGGAGCAUCUUUCCAGCGGCUAUGCAUCCAGGGCGCCACCCAGCCCUUACCACCCGCGCCAGGGCUCGGACGAAUGGCCCGGCUCAGCCGAGGCCCUCGACCCCGGCAACGCGUGGCCGGACAAGUCCCCGUCGUCCAGCACGUCUCCUGCGGGCCAGAACGGACACAUGCCGUUCCAAGGCGGGCUGUCCUCACCGAUCAGUGGCAACGGCAAUAACACAGGUCUAGUCGGACACAUGCAGCCAAGCCCUCUGAAGAAGCCCAUGCAGGUCAUCCCUUCCAAUCCCCAGACCUAUGGCUCAGAGUGGAGCAGCCAGGAUGACGCGGGGGGGCGACAGAACUUCAUCUCCACAGACCACGCACCGCUUUCACCUCAGAGCAGCAUAGCGUCUUCAGGCAGCGAGCAGACAGAAGAGCAGGGCUCUGCGCGCAACACUUUCCUGGAGGAUGGCAGUGGCAUGAAAGAUGUUCCUGCAUGGUUGAAGAGCCUUCGCCUUCAUAAAUAUGCAUCCCUAUUCUCACAGAUGACCUACGAGGAGAUGAUGAUCCUCACGGAGCAACAUCUAGAAUCUCAGAACGUCACGAAAGGAGCGCGACACAAGAUUGCGUUGAGUAUCCAGAAGCUGCGAGACAGACAGAGUAUACUCAAGUCUUUGGAGAAGGAUAUUUUGGAAGGGGGAAACCUGCGCAACGCCCUCCAGGAGCUUCAGCAGAUCAUCAUCACACCCAUUAAGGCCUACAGUCCGCCCAGCGCAGCACAACCCGUCUCGGACACCUCCACUUCCUCAACAGACGGCACAAAAACAGGAGCGGACAAAGAAGCGACGUCCGAGGACUUGCAGUCCCACAAUCCACCCCCCUGCGACGGAGACUCGUCAGUCACGCCCAUCUCAGAUGGGGACAUAGCGGGACAGUUCACUCGUGUCAUGGGAAAAGUGUGCACCCAGCUGCUGGUUUCAAGGCCAGAUGAAGAAAACAUCAGCUGUUACCUUCAACUUAUUGAGAAGUGUCUUGCACAUGAGGCUUUUUCAGAAACUCACAAGAAAAGGCUGGUCACCUGGAAGCAGCAGGUCCUCAAGCUGCUGCGCCUGUUCCCUCGGAAAGCUAUGCCGGACAUGUCGGCGUACCGACAGAAAGGCUGGAACUAUGGGUCAAACUCCCUGCCCACAGCAGGCUCUGUGAGUGGGGGUGUUAGCCGACGGGGCCAGCGGCAGUUCCCGAUGACCCCUCGUGGACUCCCAGCUGGGCGCAUGUGUCUUCCUGGCGGGAUCGGUGGAGCAUCUCCACGCCACACACUCGCCAAUCCUGCGUUGGCAGGACAGGGUAGACAAAACCUGUGGUUUGCCAACCCUGGGGGCAGCAACAGCAUGCCAAGUCAGAGUCGCAGCUCUGUGCAGCGGACCCACUCGCUUCCUGUCCACACAUCUCCACAAACCAUGCUCAUGUUCCAGCAGCAAGAAUGCCAAGUUCCAGGUUCUGACCUGGAGAUCAACCCCACGCUGGAGUCACUGUGCCUCAGUAUGACGGAGCAUGCCUUAGGGGAUGGAACUGAUCGGACAUCAACAAUAUGAAGAGGAAAAAAAAAAAAGACACUUCAUUGGAGGCCUGCUCGGUUCAGCACAAAGACAGAUGUGAUGCUUCAAAAAAAAAAAAAAAAAAAAAAAAAAAAAAACCCCAGGCAACGCAGUCACUACAACAUGACAAAAAAACUGUGUAUAUGUUCUUUAAUAUUUUUGUACUUUAUUAUAUACAACUAAGUUUAUUAAAAAUGGAAUACAGAUGAUUAUUAUAUUGUGGAACAGAGAAACGGUGAACUGUGUCGGCUGUGCCAUGUCACCUGCAGCAGGACUGUGACAUGGUCGUGCAGCGGUUCAGUUUACCACAAUACGGAGAAAAAAAGAAAAAAAAAAAAGCAGUGGAUUGGUGCUGUCUUUAGGGGUUCUGCCCUGAAUUUGCUCUUCUUCUCUUACUGCCUUGGAACAAGGUUUUCUAUCCACAACACACUGACAGCCCCUUGACCCGUGUUCUAGAUUCGAAAAAUAAUAAUAAUAAAUUUCCAGCCACAAGUGAGGCACUUUUAUUAACUUAUCUUUGAUAUUAGGCACUAACUGUAAUUGGUCAUCAUGGUACACUCUCUGAGGUUUCACCUGGAGGUUGGUGUUAACCUACUAAUCCUAUAGGCAGCUCUAGUCAGGGCUUUAAAAUUAGGCUGUUUUAUUUUUUUUUUUAAUUAUUUUUUUUUAUGUCCUCGUUGGAGAUUUCGUUGCACAAACGGAAACCAGAGGACCAAACAGGAGUGAGAAAUAGUUUGUAUUUCAGCUUUAGGGCAUCUCUUUUUGUUUCACUUCGACAUAUAAACUAAAAAAAAAAAAAAAAAGUAACUGUCCUCCUCUAAGCUUCAACAAAGCCAAAGACAAGGGUUGUGCGUUUGUUAAUUUGUGAAAGAUAUUUGUAGUGAGUUGCAGCAGAACAAUUAAACGAA